GGGUGGGUGGAGCACGGUAACCCUAUUUUAACCUCAUCACUUACCUCCACACUUACUUCCACUCUCAAAGAAGCAAUGUCCACCAGGCGCCUUGAAGAGGACCUUUCCUGUCCAUUAUGCGGGAAGAUUUUCCAGCAGCCGGUGGUUCUCUUUUGCAGACACAGAUUCUGUAAACCAUGCCUGGAAAGCAGCUGGAGCGGUGGAGGGGAUUGUGAAUGCCCUCUCUGCUGCCAGCCAUCGUCCAAGGCCGAGCUAAUGGUCAAUGCUUCGCUUGAGAGGUCUUGUCAGGGUUUUCUGAUGGAACAGCGCAAGAAUAACCCUUUUGCUUGUAAGGAGCAUGGUGAAACACUGAGUCUAUUCUGUCUGGAGGAUCUACAACCAGCAUGUGCUUCAUGCAAGUCAUCAGGGGGCCAUAAAGGGCACAGGCUAUACUCUUUGGAGGAGGCGUCUCAGGACUGUAAGGCUGAACUGAACACUGCGCUGAAGCCUUUGCAGGAAAAGCUGAAGCUCUUCAGGGAUAAAAAACUUACAUACGAUCAAACAGCAGAGCACAUUAAAAGGCAGGCCGAACAUGCGGAAACUAAGAUCCGAGAGGAGUUUGAAGCAAUCCACCAGUUCCUUCGAGAUGAAGAGGCCACCAGACUCUCUGAACUGAAGCAAGAGGAGGAGGAAAAGAGCCAAACUAUAAGGCAGAAGAUUGAUGAGAUGGAAGAUGAGCUCACAUCCCUCACCAACACUAUUAAAUUUAUCGAAAAAGAGAUGAGCUCUCAGGAUAUCCCAUUCCUCCAGAAUUACAAGGAAACCAUGAAGAGGACUUGGCGGGUACCCCCAGAUCCAGAGAUGAUAUCAGGAGCUUUGGUUGAUGUAGCCAAACACAUAGGAUCAUUAAAGUUUAACAUCUGGGAGAAGAUGAAGAAUAUCAUCCAAUAUACACCAGUGAUUCUGGACCCAAACACAGCAGCCAGCUGUUUUCAGCUGUCAGAGGACCUGACGACACUGCAGUGCUGUCCCCAGAUCUUCAAGCUUCCAAACAACCCAGAGCGCUUCGACGUCAGCGCAGAGAUGCUGGGCUCCGAGGGUUUCAGCUCAGGCAGACACAGCUGGGAGGUCGAAGUCAGAGGCAACACUUACUGGGUUAUCGGAGUAGCCAGCCACUCAGUAAAAAGGAAAGGCAAAAACGUACUGACCCCCGCAGAGGGUUUCUGGACCAUCAGGCUGCGGAACGGCGAGUACAAGGCCUGCUCGGCACCGUGGGAGCCACUGACCAUGAGCAGACAGCCGGAGGUGGUGAGGGUCGUGCUGGAUAUGGACAGGGCGAAGGUCACUUUCUUUGACCCAAAAGAAAGGACGCCACUGUACACGUUUACGGACAUCAUCACUACGCAGGUGUUUCCGUACUUCUGUAGCGCCUGCAAAGAUUACCCACUUAAAGUGCUUCCAGCGACUGUGCUGGUUAAAGUGGACCGCUAGAUCUUCUCAUAAUUAAUCGUUAUAUUUACAGGGUCAGACUGGGAUGGUGACCACAAAUCCACCUGCUAGACAUUCUGGGUUAACAUGACAUAAAUAAAUAAUUCAAUAAAAUAAAUCUAUGUAAUGUUAC